CGUACCGGGUUCCUGCCCCAGCCGUGUCCUGGGGCCGGAUCCCGGCCUCAGUCCCAGCGCCGAGCGCGGCGGGCCACUCCUCGUCCACGCCCGAGGGAAGCCGGGUGCAGCCGUCGGAGGUGGAAGCCCCGCCCCUCGAUUCCCGGCAGGAAGCGGAAGUGGCGUCACACGCUCGCCCGCAAUCUCUUCGCCUGCUCUUCCGCGCAGCGUCGAGCACGUUGGGAUGUUGGUGAACCGGUGUGGGUUGGCUGUGAUGGGGAAGGCGUGAUCGAGAGGACAGAGGAGGGAGUUCAAGGCCGGUUUUAGUCGGAGUCACCGAUGGGGCCGCCUAAGGGCCGGGCCGCGCGGUUCUCAUCCGCCUAGACCGCCCGACAGGCCGCUGGGGCCGGCGAUGCCCUCUCGGAGCCGCUGUGGUCCUGCUGGGAGGGCGCGUCCGCGAGGUCUUCGUGGUCACUGUGCGAGCGGCCUUUGUGACGUUUCUCCCGAAGGAAAAGGGUUCUUGCUGUUGGGAGUGGCCCAGACUCCGCCUUGUUCCUCGAGGCCUCCGGGAUCCUGCCGUAGGUGGACUUCACCGUCACUCUCCCAGGAUGGCAGCCAUUGACUUGACCCAGGAUCUUCUUUCUAGGAAUCCUCCUUUCUCCCAUCCUGAGGAAAACACAGAGGUAGAAAGGAUGGUGGCUGUCUGGCCGAAAAAUUAUAAUCAGAUUGCAGUGACCUUUGAGGAUGUGGCAGUGGACUUCACCCAGGAGGAGUGGCUAUUACUGGACCUCGCUCAGAGAAACCUGCACAGAAGCGUGAUGCUGGAGAACUACCAGAACCUGGUCACAGUAGGAUAUCAACAGUCCAAACCCAGGCUGGUGGCUAGGUUGGAACAAGAAGAGUUGAGGACAGUGGAGAGAGGCGUUUUCCAAGAAUGGCAAAGUCACCAUCAAAGCAUAGAGUCACCAUCGCUCCAGGAUUUUGGGGAAGGAAAAACGGCCAGAGAAAUUCAAAAAGAAAGGACCCACCAGGGAACAGAGCUCUCUGAGAGUUCGCAGAGUGGGAGAGUCUGGAGCCAACACUUACUCCUUAAGACACACAUGAGAACUGAAAACAGAGAGGACAUUUUUGAGCACAGUCCGUAUGCCAACAGCUUCCAUCCUCUGCAGAAGGGAAGCUCUAGGAGAGAGAAGCUUUCUGAAUUGAAUCAGUGUGGCAGCGCCCCCAGCCUGACUCCACAUAGCAUGCAGGAGAGCGCCAGUCCGGCAGAGAAGUCUGUUGAAUACAGUGACUGUGGGAAGACGUUCAUUAGUCACUCCCACUUUCAGACACAUGGGGGGAUUCACAGUGGUGGAGAUAUUGAUGAAUGGAUGCCUCCAUUUCCAAAUAUUUCAGUUCCCUCAGCAGGUCCUCCUGUGUAUAUGCAAAUGCACACUGUUAGAGAACCCUAUGGAUGUAGGGAAUGUGGGAAGUGUUAUGCAAAUGUGAAAAGUCUCUAUAAACACAGCACUCGAUUUCACGCUGGAAUAAAGCCAUUUGUAUGUAGUGAAUGUGGAAAAUCUUUCUACACUUCCUCAGACCUUUAUGUACAUUUUAUGACUCACACUGGAGAGAGGCCCUAUGGAUGUAAAGACUGUGGGAAACACUUCCAGUGGCCCUCACUGCUUCGUAGUCAUGUUCAAACUCACACCGGUGAGAGGCCUUAUAAAUGUAUGCUAUGUGGGAAGGCCCUCAGUAGUUCCUCAUAUCUUAAUCGUCAUUUGAGAGUUCAUACUGGAGAGAAGCCCUUUGAAUGUCAGGAAUGUGGGAAAUGCUUCGCCUGGAUCUCAGCCUUUCGUAAACAUGUUCAAAGUCACAGUGGUGAGAAGCCCUACAAAUGUAAGGAAUGUGGGAAAGCCCUCAGCAGUUCCUCAAUUCUUAAAGCACAUUUGAGAAUUCACACUGGAGAGAGGCCAUAUAAAUGUAAGGAAUGUGGGAAAGCCUUCAUUAAUUCCUCACGACUUAAUGAACAUUUGAGAAUGCACACUGUAGACAAACUCUAUGAAUGCAAGGAAUGUGGGAAAUCCUUCCAUUUUUCCUCAAGCUUUAUUGGACAUUUAAAAAUUCACACUGGAGUAAAACCCUAUCAGUGUAAGGAAUGUGGAAAAGCUUUCGCUUGGCCCUCAUUCCUUAAAAGACAUUUACGAACUCACAGUGGCUAGAAGACCUUGGAAGUGGUGAAUGUGGGAAAUUCCAUUUGAGAAAUCACACUAGAGAGGCCCCUGAUGAUUCUAAAGAUUACGAGAAAGUCUUCACCACUUUGCAUGACUCAAUAUUUAAGUAUUUGCAUUAGAGAGAAGCCCUAUGAGGUAUGGAAUGUGGGAAAACCUGCACUAUUCCCACAUCUGUAAAUACACAUUUGAAAUCCCACUGGAAAGAAGUCCUUUGAAUGUAUGCACUGACUGGAGACCUUCACUGUUUCCUCAAGCCUAAUUUAACAUCUAAAAAUUGACACCAGAGAGAAAUUCUGUGACCCUAAAGAAUGUGAUAAAGCCUUCACAUUGUCGUCAUGGCUUCCUGAAACACCUAAAAAUUCUCCAUGGAUAGAAGACUUACAUAAUAAACAUGGGAAAGCCUCGGUUUUUCCAGUUCAUUUCAAAAACAUGAAAGAAGCCACAUUGGAGGGAUACCAUAGGAAUCUGAGGAAUGUGGAAAAGCCCACAGGAAGUGGAAACGUUCUCUUUGUUCUUCAACCCCCAUGUCCUGGAAGAACAAUUAUGUUUGUGUUUGGGAACUACUGCACCCAGCAAGUGUUUUGCUGAUUAGUUUCUCAUCCUUUUGUAUGUUGUGAAAUAGGAACUCUCAUAAAUACGGCAGGUUCUGUUAUCCUGAGGUACUUGACGUCAUCACUGGCAGCUGUGAAAGUGGCCUUUCGAUAGACAAACCUUGUUUCAAUUUUGUGUUAACACGUUCAUUAUACUUGUGGCACUUGAGCAGCCUUUGGUUAUGUUGUUGGUGGCCAUGGAGGCUGCAGCUGCUUAAUGUCACUUCCUAUGGGUCUUAAUGGAACCGGGGUAGAACAUUCCAGAUCAAGCUUAAUGAUAAGUCCUGAUCAUAAGUGACCUGGGCACAUUUGUGGUAUGUUUGUGCCUGGAUGAGAUGGGUUGCAAUGUGAUUCUCUUGGGUAUAGGUGUGGUUUUCACCUUGUUGAGCGGAUUGCAGCAUAUAAGACAUUGGCCUUAGGUGACGUCAUUAAUCAUCUCAAAGCCGAUGUGGCCUACUAGCAGAACAUGAGACUGAGUCCUUGAGCUUCAUGGUUGAGGUCAGUGCUGUAGGUUGGCCUUAUCCAACUGCUUGGACUUGUAGUAAUAGCAUUAUUAAAUACCACAUGACAUAAGUCAAAGAGGUGUGCUCCUAAUCUCUAUUAUUAGUGGAUAACAAAGUGGCAUAUUGAAGUGAAAAACUGCCAGAAGUCUUUACUUUUCAUGUUUUCUUAAUGAAAAGUUCUUAGUUUUGUGAGUCAGAUUUAUAAUUUUCUCAUGUGCCAGAUAUUUUGUUUUACCUUGUUUAUAUAUAUUCUACGAUCUCAGAGUUUUAUAUUUAUGUAAUCCAUUUGAAGUACUUUAGUAUGUGGUGUCACUAUAUGUCUGUCUUUUGCUUAGAUAUUAAAACUACCUGGACCACUUAAUUCAAUUUUUAAUGAAGAUUAGCCGAUUCUUUAGUAAGACAAUACUAUUUAAUGCAUAUACUUAAUGAGUUUCUAAAUCAUUUUUAUAGAUUAGAAUUAGAAUAUUUCAUGCAUUGGGCUUUCAACCCAUAAGGAAUGUCUCCCCUUAUAUUUGCAUGCAGAGACAUUUUGUGUAUUCUAAUCUUCAAAAAAAAAUUAGUAUUUUUUUGGUCUAUAUUUCUCUGAAAAUGAGUGAUGUUGAUCUUCUUUUCCUGUGUGUUGGCCAUUUGUCUUUUAUGGGAAAAUGUUCAGUCCUGUCAGGCGUUGAUGUCCUCACCUUCGUUUGGCCGGUGUGUUUUCCCCUUAAAGUAAUGCAGGGAAAAGUUUAUUACAGUCAAAUAACGUGCUUUUCAAAUCAA